AUGUCCUCCCCCUCACCACUCGCCUACCUCUCAAUCCGCAACACCCUAUCCCUCUACUGCGAAGCCCUAGAUACCAAAAACUUCGCCCUCCUGCACUCCGUCUUCACGCCUGAUGUCGUUGCAAAUUACCCCUUCAACACGCAUAUGAGCGGCGUGGAGGAGAUAAGUGGUGCGAUACAGAAGCGUCUCGGACCAAUCCUCACCUCGCAUAAUCUGACUACGCAGACCAUUGAGUUUAGCAAGGUGGAUGCGAGGCGGGCGAGUGCGAGGACGUAUUUUGUUGCGGUGCAUUUUGGGCAGGGGCCGCGCGAGGGGGAGAUGCUGCAGGCGUUUGGGAGGUAUGUGGAUGAGCUUGUUUGUUUGGAUGGUGGGGAUGGGGGUGAGGAGUGGCGGAUUGAGAAGAGGACGGUGGUGUUUGUUAGGAGGGUGGGGGAUGAGCGGGUUAUGUCUGAGUUUUAG